UCUCUCUCUCUCUCUCUCUCUCUCUCUCUCCCUGAUUCAAUGAAGACUCCGAGCUCGGCCCCUGCUCGAGAAGCUCGUUCAGACCAACCCAGAGUGGAAACACCGAUUUUUUUUGCCGGAGGAAUUUUCGGGCCAUUACCAAUUUUUAUGUUCCUUUCUGGUAGAAGAAACUGUUGGGUCUCCGUCUUUCUUCUUUAUAGAUUUGUAUUUCGUGGUUUGAUUGCCCGAUUGUGAGUGAAAGUGAUUGAUUUUCUUCAACUGGUGGUGGUGCUCGGUGUUCGUCGUUGUUCCGGUGGGUCCAGUCAUGACUGCUGGUGCUGGUAAUCAGUUGAUCACUGUUCAACCCGAUGAGCUCAAGUUCAUCUUUGAGCUGGAAAAGCAAAGCUAUUGUGAUCUUAAAGUCAUCACAUACAGACACCAUACUGUUUUCAAUGCAGUCACCCUACAAGCUCAACGUGAAUAUCCUCCUGAUAUGCAAUGCAAAGACAAAUUUCUCCUACAGAGCACAAUAGUGGCUCCUCAUACUGAUGUUGAUGAACUUCCACAAGACACUUUUAAUAAGGACAGUGGAAAAACAAUAGAGGAGUGCAAACUUAAAGUUGCAUAUGUCUCUCCUGCUUCAACACAAGCCAGUUCUGAAGAUGAGGGGUCAAAGAAUGCUGCGCUAAGUCCUGAAACCAAUGCUACCAUCCAGCGUUUGAAGGAAGAAAGAGAUGCAGCUGUUCGACAAACACAACAACUGCAACAAGAGCUGGACAUGGCAAGGAGACAAAGACAUAGCACAGGUGACAGCAGCUUCUCCUUUAAAUUUGCAGUUGCUGUGGGUGUCAUUGGAAUCAUGUUCGGGUUCAUCCUGAACUUUUUGUUUCCGACACCAUCCACGGAAUAACUGCAAAGUGCAGGAGCAUUGCCUAAUUUGGUUGUAUAAUUUCUUAUUUUGUAGUUGAUGGAAAGCACUUGCUUCACUUCUUUUUGUAAAUUCGAAAAUCACAAAAUUGUUCUGACAUCAGGUUCUCUUAACAAUACAAUGUCAUUCGGUUGAUAUAUUGAUCCAGUUCAUAAGAAUGUGA